AUGAUUAAAAAUCAAUAAAAAUAAUUAAAUAAAAGGGAUUUUUAUAGGGUUAUUGUAUUCAAGCAUUAUAAGUUCUUUUUGUUAUUUAUUUUAUUUUGGAUUGAUAUUAGAUAUAAAGUUUUAAAUUAAUAUUGUAUAUAUUUACUUUCGAAAAAAUUUUGGAGGUGAUAAAUAUGGAAACAGGAAAAAAUUCUCAGGAUUCUUCUCAAUGCUUAAAGAAAGGAUUACGUGCACAACGCCUGCAAGAUCUUCUAGACAAAUCAUUAUCACAAACUGUUAAAGCAUGUAGUUAUGAACAGAUUGCAAAAUGCUUCCCAACGUUAGCUAAAAACUCACCUGAAAUCCUGAAGAAUGCGCAUGAGCAGGUUAUUUCAUUUUUGAAAAGUUCAUGUGAUAGAGAGUUUUCAGCUAUUUUUAAGGAAAGAGAUGUUGUUUCUAGGUUAAAUGAGCUUGAUGGAAUUAUAACAGAUGCAAAAUCUCGUCAGGAAAGAGGAGAUCCGUCAACUGUUUUAUCUGCUUUUCUAUCUCCAGAGAACAUUAUCAACUCGUAUCUCUAUCCUCUUAUGAUAAAAGAACAUUCGGUUUUAAAAAAUCAAUUAGAAACUAUACAAAUGCAAAAUGCUGAUUUUUAUGAAAAAAUAUCUUCUCAACGUGAAGAAAUAAUCCAAUUGAUUACUUUUAUGAAGAAAACAAUUGAAGAAUUAGAUCUUGCUGUACAACGUUCUAUUCAAACACCCAUACAGACUCUUCAAGCACAAAUGGAUGAAAUAGUGCCAAUUCUUCAAGCGGGAUUAUAG